UGUGUGUUGGUGUGUAUUUGGUUUCCUCUUGUCAUAUCCUUUGUUGCUAAUGUAUCAUAGCUGUGCUGUCCUCACUGAUUAACUCUCCUACUGUUUCUCUUAAGCAUUCUUUUUACUAAGCACAAAUAUAUUGUUGACAUCGGCAACAUACUUGUGCGUGCUUGCAUCUGUUCUUUUAUAGUGGCUGCCUAUUCACUUGAACUUCAACAUGUCACUGUUCCUUGCUCUUUUUGCUCUCAGUGGCACAUUCCUGGACACAGUACAAGGGACUUUGGAAAUGAUGCAAUUUAAGAAUUUCAUUGCACAAUUUAACAAGACCUAUGCAAGUAACGAAGAAUUUAAGCAUCGAUUUCUCAUAUUUCAAAGGAAUAUGGAAGAGGCAAAGCAUCUGCAGAGAGAAGAACGUGGAACUGCACAGUAUGGCGUCACAAAGUUCAGUGAUCUUACAGAUGAAGAAUUCUUGAGAUGCAGACUUGACCACAGAGCGUAUUUUGAGAGCCAAUCAUUUUUGAGACAAGUGACAGAAAAAGAUGCACCUCUGAAAACAUGUGACUGGCGUAAAAAAGGAGUCAUUUCAGCGGCCAAAAACCAGGGAUCCUGCUGUUCUUGUUGGGCCUUUGCUGCUGUGGGUAACAUUGAAGCACAAUGGGGAAUUCAAGGAACUGCAAAGAAUUUAUCAGUGCAGCAACUGGUAGACUGCUGCAAAUCUACAUGUGGAUGCAAAGGAGGAUACCCAUGGAAUGCAUUUAUGACUGUUAUAAAACUAGGUGGAUUAACAGGUGAAGAUAAAUAUAAAUAUACAGGAAAAAAGGGCACGUGCAAAAACAAUCUGAAACCUGAAGCAACUAUUCAAGACUUGGUGAUUCUUGAACGAAAUGAGACAGUGAUUUGCUCUCAUGUAUCCUACAAAGGAACAGUUACUGUGGCUAUUAACCAAGCUUUACUCAAACAAUAUAUAAAAGGAGUUAUUGACCCUCGUCCUGAGAACUGUCAUCAUCACAAAGUGGACCAUGUUGUGUUAAUUGUGGGUUUCUCCAGAGAGAGAAAGUACUGGAUUUUGAAAAACAGCUGGGGUGACAAUUGGGGAGAAAAAGGUUUUUUCAGGUUGCGUCUUGGCUCAAAUGCUUGUGGCAUUGCUGAAUACCCAGUUUCUGCCAUUGUGAAUACCGGGACAUUCAAAAGACACCUUUGUCCACCUUAAAAUCACAUCUCUUUUCCUGCUUGCAUGGUAGAUCGUGGGAUACCGUGGGAUUUGUUUUCACAGCUAUGAAACAUAUGAAGAUGUCUACCUAUGAAACUAAUAAAAAUAUUGUCUUAUAAGA